AUGGAUAAUUUUAUCUCUUUCACCAAAACCUACCAUAACAAGCCAUACCCCUCCAUUGACCCAACUCGCCCAGAGCUCAGUGCAGCCGGUAAAUUUGUCGCCAUCACUGGUGGCGGGACAGGUAUUGGCAGAUCAAUUGCUAUCGCUUUUGCACAAGCUAGAGCAUCAACCAUUGCUAUUCUCGGGAGACGUCCCGAUAGACUUGAAAGAGCUGCAGCCGAGAUCUCAGAGGCCAGUGGGGGCAAAACAAAUGUCAUUUUCGAAGCCGUCGACAUCAGCCAGCGCAGGAAAUUGGAUGCUGCGGUUGCAAACCUAGUCAAGAAGGCGAAUGACGCCAACAUUGAUAUUCUGAUCAGCAACGCCGGCGUUUCUCCUAAUGUAGGAGCUGUCGUCGGUUUCGAUGAAGCGGACUUUCGUCAGGGCAUUGAACUCAACAUCAUCGGCGCCUUCAACACCCUCCAGUCCUUCGGACCAUUCCUGACCAGCAAUGCCUACAUCUUCAAUACAUCCACCGGAUUGGUGCAUCUGAGGCCGAUCGCUCAAGGUUGGGCGUACACUGCCGUCAAAGCCGCCGUCUGGAAGAUGUUCGAGUAUCUGCAGGACGACAAUCCCGACUGGCACGUUGUCCAGAUUCAGCCCGGCGUCAUUCGCACUGAGCUGAAUGAGAGGUUUGACGUUGUUGGACAUGAUGAUCCUGCGCUUGCGGCUCAGUUCUAUGUUUGGCUGGCGUCACCAGAGGCGGAGUUUCUGAAGGGCAAGUUUGUUUGGGCGAACUGGGAUGUCGAUGAGCUAAAGGCUCGCGCUGAUGAGAUAAAGAACUCUCUUCUCUUUAAGAUUACUCUUAACGGUGUACCCAUGUGA